AUGAUUGAAAAUUGUUACCCUAAUGUCACCUUUGAGAUGAGGUCGAAAAGAUCGCCAACGCCGCCAGCAGCUCUGUCAUCCUCGGAACAUCACCAAUCGCAAUUCAUAGAUUCAUCGCUAGAGCGGAGCCACGCGCCGAACCAGGAACCUGGCAGUAAUGCGUUUGGAAAUCUGGGUUCGGAAAUAACCUCGCCUCUGGGUCCCUUUCCCUGCAUAUCCUCGACGGGACAAACGCGCAACGAACGCUGUGGAAGCCGUUACCUAGUUAUCUUGUGGACUGGAUCGAUCGGGGUAAUGACGAGGGCUAAGGAUGGCGAUUGUGGAUUUCCAUACGUUUCAGGAAGGUCGGCCUGUUCUAAGUCACAAGUCGCCUUCCCCACAUUCCUGACUGACUCGCAUUAUCACGCUCAGAGUGGCUGUUUUUUUGAAGGCGCCUUUCGCCCGACAAUGGCAUUGUGCAUCCGUCGGGCCUUCUAUCACCCACACACCCGAAACUGGAAGGACAGCCCCGAUUAUGCGCAUAUGAGAGAGCUAUGGCAAGAGAGUGGGUUGAACAUGACUACGUGUCUAGGGUAUUGA